CUGCGCACUUCGUCACAUCCGGCGAACAGGGAAGACUGUUUGCUGAUUCACAUAAACACACGAGAAACAGCGUCCUGAGCAGACCAUUUAAACAUGUCACUGUUAUAAACUAUAGAAACUGAGCGACAGUAUUUCAGAGGAGGUUACCAUGAUCCCUACAGACUUUAAAGGUCUGAUCCAGAGAUUUUAUCACCUUCAGUCUGAGCGGGUAGAGACCUAUCGACUCUUUGAAGAAGGUCACGAGGCCUACUUGAGGACAGGGCCUCAAUAUGACUUUGACCACUACAGGCAGCUGGUCCACGAGAUAACACAGGCCUUCUGUGGCAUCUCCACGGAGGUGCUGGAGAUCAAGGCGAGGCUGCAUCAUGACUUUGACCGACCAGACCUUACCGAGCAUAUUGACAAGCUGCAGGGCAAAGAGAAGGAGAAACUGGAUUUGACAGCCAAGCUGCAGCUGGCCAGGCAGCGGGCCCAGGAUCACCCCGAGGAGGAGGACUGUCAAGAAAAGAUUCAAGAGAUCAAGCAUGAGAUCAUCAAGAACAAAGAGGCACUGAGUGAGAUCAUGCAGGACUUUAAGUAUGACUCUGAGGAGUGUGAUUGACGGGCAGCUCCCAAGAGGCCGAGAGCCGCCCUCUCACAUCACCCGACAGCAGCACUGACGGAUCAGCUCGGCUCUGCUGCAACUUCAACGUUGGGACUCCUCAGCUUCACUUAUCGAUCCCCCUCCGGCCCCACCCUGCUUGAUGCUGCAGUGUUAUUUUACCCAGGGGACUUUUCACAUUCUGGCACAGUGUGUUUUUUAUCUGUAGUCAUGUGUUCACGAAAAUGCAUGCCAGAAAAAACAAAAAUUAUGUUUCCAUGUUUGAUUUGUAAAUAGUUUCUUGGGCCCAUCCAGCUUUUUGUUUACUUAAUGAAUUGUAUUUUUAAAUAAAACACUGUCCAAGACA